AAAAAGAUUGAAAAAAACAAUAGGAUCUUGUUGUCAUUAAGAAUUCAGUCUGUCAGUGAAGUGGGAGAUAAGUCCAUGGAGGAAAAAGAUCCUAUUAGUCAUGACCACGGUAGUGCAAGUUCAGGUGAUGUCAAGAAAGUCAUAGGUCUCUAUAAUCGGGGAGAAGAAGCCAUAGAGUACCUCAACCUAUAUCUUAAAAAAGCUAAAGAAGUAGGAGACAAGCAUGGGGAGGGUAACGCUUAUGGCAAUCUUGGCACUGCUUAUUGCCAUCUGGGUGAUUUCAAAAAAGCCAUAGAGUACCACAACCUACAUCUUAAAAUAGCUAAAGAAGUAGGAGACAAGCAUGGGGAGGGUAACGCUUAUGGCAAUCUUGGCAAUGCUUAUCACCGUCUGGGUGAUUUCAAAAAAGCCAUAGAGUACCACAACCUACAUCUUAAAAUAGCUAAAGAAGUAGGAGACAAGCAUGGGGAGGGUAACGCUUAUGGCAAUCUUGGCACUGCUUAUUGCCAUCUGGGUGAUUUCAAAAAAGCCAUAGAGUACCACAACCUACAUCUUAAAAUAGCUAAAGAAGUAGGAGACAAGCAUGGGGAGGGUAACGCUUAUGGCAAUCUUGGCAAUGCUUAUGACAGUCUGGGUGAUUUCAAAAAAGCCAAAGAGUACCACAACCUACAUCUUAAAAUAGCUAAAGACGUAGGAGACAAGCAUGGGGAGGGUAGUGCUUAUGGCAAUCUUGGCAAUGCUUAUGACAGUCUGGGUGAUUUCAAAAAAGCCAUAGAGUACCACAACCUACAUCUUAAAAUAGCUAAAGAAGCAGGAGACAAGCAUGGGGAGGGUAACGCUUAUGGCAAUCUUGGCAAUGCUUAUCACAGUCUGGGUGAUUUCAAAAAAGCCAUAGAGUACCACAACCUAGAUCUUAAAAUAGCUAAAGAAGUAGGAAAAAAGCAUGGGGAGGGUGGUGCUUAUGGCAAUCUUGGCAAUGCUUAUAUUAGUCUGGGUGAUUUCAAAAAAGCCAUAGAGUACCACAACCUACAUCUUAAAAUAGCUAAAGAAGUAGGAAACAAGCAUGGGGAGGGUGGUGCUUAUGGCAAUCUUGGCAAUGCUUAUGACAGUCUGGGUGAUUUCAAAAAAGCCAUAGAGUACCACAACCUACAUCUUAAAAUAGCUAAAGAAGUAGGAAACAAGCAUGGGGAGGGUGGUGCUUAUGGCAAUCUUGGCAAUGCUUAUCACAGUCUGGGUGAUUUCAAAAAAGCCAUAGAGUACCACAACCUAGAUCUUAAAAUAGCUAAAGAAGUAGGAAACAAGCAUGGGGAGGGUGGUGCUUAUGGCAAUCUUGGCAAUGCUUAUCACAGUCUGGGUGAUUUCAAAAAAGCCAUAGAGUACCACAACCUACAUCUUAAAAUAGCUAAAGAAGUAGGAAACAAGCAUGGGGAGGGUAACGCUUAUGGCAAUCUUGGCAAUGCUUAUAACCGUCUGGGUGAUUUCAAAAAAGCCACAGAGUACCACAACCUACAUCUUAAAAUAGCAAAAGAAGUAGGAAACAAGCAUGGGGAGGGUGGUGCUUAUGGCAAUCUUGGCAAUGCUUAUCACCGUCUGGGUGAUUUCAAAAAAGCCAUAGAGUACCACAACCUACAUCUUAAAAUAGCUAAAGAAGUAGGAGACAAGCAUGGGGAGGGUAAAGCUUAUGGUAAUCUUGGCAAUGCUUAUGACAGUCUGGGUGAUUUCAAAAAAGCCAUAGAGUAUCACAACCUAGAUCUUAAAAUAGCUAAAGAAGUAGGAGACAAGCAUGGGGAGGGUAAAGCUUAUGGCAAUCUUGGCAAUGCUUAUCACCGUCUGGGUGAUUUCAAAAAAGCCAUAGAGUACCACAACCGACAUCUUAAAAUAGCUAAAGAAGUAGGAAACAAGCAUGGGGAGGGUAACGCUUAUGGCAAUCUUGGCAAUGCUUAUCACAGUCUGGGUGAUUUCAAAAAAGCCAUAGAGUACCACAACCUACAUCUUAAAAUAGCUAAAGAAGUAGGAAACAAGCAUGGGGAGGGUAACGCUUAUGGCAAUCUUGGCAAUGCUUAUGACAGUCUGGGUGAUUUCAAAAAAGCCAUAGAGUACCACAACCUAGAUCUUAAAAUAGCUAAAGAAGUAGGAAACAAGCAUGGGGAGGGUGGUGCUUAUGGCAAUCUUGGCAAUGCUUAUCAGAGUCUGGGUGAUUUCAAAAAAGCCAUAGAGUACCACAACCUAGAUCUUAAAAUAGCUAAAGAAGUAGGAAACAAGCAUGGGGAGGGUGGUGCUUAUGGCAAUCUUGGCAAUGCUUAUCACCGUCUGGGUGAUUUCAAAAAAGCCAUAGAACAUUACCAAGCUAGCAUAAACUUAUUCAAUUCCCUGAGAGUACUUCUAAAAUCUAAAGACGAGUGGAAAGUUAACUUUCGAAAUCAGUAUCAAAUGGCGUAUACGGGUUUGUGGAGAGUUCUCGUAGAACAAGGUAAUAUAGAUAAAGCCUUAUUUGUUGCUGAGAAAGGACGAGCUCAAGCUCUGUCCGACCUCAUGGAAUUCAGUUUUUGUGGUGAAGCAAGUCAGCAUAAGGCAGGUGAUGAAGAUUUAGCAGUCACUGCUAAGUCUACAUCGAUUUGGAUGAAACGUUUUUCAAAAGUUUUAAAAAGCGUUCCAUCAAACACCGUCUUUCAGGCAGUGGACAAAGCUGACGUCAAUCUUUGGGUUGUGUCCGAAAGAAAACAAGUUCAGUUAAGACAAAGUAAACUCAAAGGUUUUGUUUCAGAGAAUAGUGAAUCUAGCCAGUCCUUUGAGUCGUUCAUGCUCGGUGUCUAUACACAACUUGGUGUUCGUUCUAAUGUGAGAUGCGAGAAUCGAUCUUUAGAUGCUUUGAGGGAGGUCCGUUCAAAAUUGGAUGAGAAAACCAUAGAAGCCAACCCUCAAUCUCACAUCCAACAAGACGGAUGCUUGAGCACUUUGUAUGAUAUCGUUAUGAAGCCGGUGGCUGACUUGAUUGAAGGGGAUGAGCUACUCAUUAUUCCUGAUGGACCCCUGUGGAUCGCUCCUUACGCUGCAUUGAAGGAUGGUAAUUCUAAAUACCUGUGUGAAUCGUUCACAAUCCGAGUCGCUCCAUCCUUAGCAAGUCUUAGACUCAUUGCCGAUUGCCCAGAUGAUUAUCACAAAAGCAGUGGCGCGUUGCUUGUAGGAGAUCCGUGGGUAUCCGAGGUUACUAACAGCGAGGGAGAGAAUGUCCUCGAGCAGCUUCAUUAUGCUAAAGAAGAAGUAGAAAUGAUCGGAAAAAUUCUGAAUAUCACGCCAAUCACUGGCAGACAGGCCACGAAACGUGAGGUGUUGAAAAGACUCAGUUCCGUUUCCUUAGUUCACUUUGCGGCACACGGAUGUAUGGAAACUGGCGAAAUUGCUCUUACACCUGACCCAGACCGAAUAUCUACUGUGCCAACGGAGGAGGAUUACAUUUUAACAACUGGAGAUGUGCUGAAUGCUCAACUUCGGGCCAAACUUGUUGUGCUUAGUUGCUGCCACAGCGGCCAGGGCGAAAUCAAGGCUGAAGGUGUGGUUGGCAUUGCGCGCGCUUUUAUGGGGGCUGGUGCUCGGUCUGUUGUGGUGUCCCUGUGGGCGAUUGAAGACAAGGCUACUCUUGAGUUCAUGAAAUACUUUUAUCAACAACUUGCAGGAGGUAAACGAGCAAGCGAGUCACUGAACCUGGCCAUGAAAAGCCUCAGAGAAUCAGACAAGUUCUGCGACAUCAAACACUGGGCGCCCUUUUUGCUGAUUGGAGAUGACGUCACUCUUGAC